AUGGCUUCCACCGACAUCCUGUCGCAGACCCUCUCGUCUAUCACCGCGAUCAAGCUGGACCAGCUCCAAAAGCAGAAGGCGGCAUACGAAGGCAAGAAGCGCAGCCUGUGCGAGGACGUCGUCUCCGAAGUCGACACGGCCAAACGUGCCAAGAAGCUGCUAAAGGGCUGCGAGGAGCUCCGGCCGCUGGGCUUAAAGAAGAACCCGGCCUUCUCAAGCCUCGAAGAGUUCUUCGACCAAGCCGAGUAUGACCCCUCCGUCACCGAGCCCAUGUUGAAGGAGUACGAGGCCGAGAUCCACAGCCAUCUACGCGCCCAGACGAACAAGUACGACUUUGCCUCGCUCUAUGGCAAGCUUGUCGAGGAGUGGACUACCUCAUCGAACUCGAAUCCCGCAUCAACUGCCAAGGGGGCCUGCUUCGUUGUGGUUGGCCGCGAGCAAAUGCAUCAGCAGCGCGCCACUUGGGAGGAGUACGUCUUCAAAGCCAAGGAGACCGACGGCAAUGCCAUCAAGGCCUACUUGAACGAUGUGUUCUCGUCCAAGGAAGCCACGCGGGCGCUAAAGGCUCUCAGAGAUCGGUUAAAGAAGUUCCAGGAAGACUGGAAGUCGCAAGUCCACUUCGACCACACCAAACUCAAGAUCGUCAUCAAGGGCAUGCUCAGGAGUGACAUCCUGACCGAGGCGAAGCGGACUACUUUGCGGGAUUUCCUCGGAAACAAUGUCGUGUUGUCGGAGAUUGCCUCAGUCCUGAACAUGCGCAUGUCGACCAUCGCGAACUGGAAGUGGGACGCGCCCCUGAUCGUGGAGCAGCGCCGGAACCUCAACGGACGGUACCGGUUCCACACGGAUGAGGACCUGCUUGACACUAUGUUUGUCUACUACGUCGGCUUGCAGUGGGCAGCGAAGCUGCGCGAACUUCUGAUGGACUUCAUCAGGACAGACGGCGUUUGGAGCCCCGAUACAAAAUCCAUCUCCAAGUCCGAUGCCCGCCGGCGCCGUUUCUUCCUCAACGACAGCAUUACUCUUCGUGGAAAUUCGGUUCAAGCAGACCGCGAUGCUCACUUCGAUGGAAUUUUUCUCAAUCAGCUGCCUGAUUCCUUCGACGAAGUGAGGGACUCAUACGGGGGCCUCGGGUGCCAGAAGGGCGACACCAAAUCCAGCCAUGUGCAGGUGGUUCAGGAAUUGUUACAGCGCCUCCAGACCGAGAUUUUUAUGCAGACGAAGUUCGGAAGAGAGAUGACCGUCAUCCGGUCCGACUUCAAAUGGUUCGGCCCUUCGAUCCCGCACUCGACCAUCUUUGCCGUCCUCGAGUUCUUGGGCGUCGACGCUGAGUGGAAAGACUUCUUCAAGCGCGUGUUGGAGCCCGAGAUGAGGUUCGAGGCGGACCGGGCGGAUACCCCUACCCAAACGCGGAAGCGGGGCACGCUCAUCAGCACGCCUCUGACGGAUUUCCUGGGCGAGUCGAUCCUGUUCUGUCUGGACUACGCAGUCAACCAAAAGGCCGACGGUACGCGCUUGUACCGCUUACAUGACGACAUAUGGCUCUGGGGAAGCUCAGAGGCGUGCGCCAAGGCUUGGAGCGUCAUCACCCAAUUCACCGAUACCAUGGGGCUGGAGCUCAACUCAGAUAAGACGGGCUCCGUGCGAAUCAACAGGGGCAACAGCACGGCCGCGUCGACUGUCUCCUCGGGCGCCCUGCCAAAAGGUGACAUCAAAUGGGGUUUCCUGAAACUGGAUCCUGUCACAGGCCGGUUCUCGAUCAACCAGGAGGAGGUCGACAAGCACGCCGAGGAGCUGCGUCUUCAGCUGUCGGCCUGCCGCAGCGUGCUGGACUACAUCCAAGCAUGGAACUUGUAUGGGAACCGCUUCUUUGCCAACAACUUUGGCCGGCCCGCCAACUGCUACGGCCGCGCCCACAUCGACAGCAUGUUGUCCACGUUCCGCCGCAUUCAGGACAAGCUGUUUCCCGACCACCCCGGUGGUGUCGGUGAGCAUCUGAAGCGCACCAUCGCCUCGCGCUUCGGCAUCUCCCCGUCCGACAUACCCGACGGCUAUCUGUACUGGCCGGCGUCGAUGGGCGGGCUCGGGCUGCAGAGUCCCUUCAUCACGCUGCUCCUGUCUCGCCGAAACGUGGAAAAGGAACCGGAGAAGCUUCUGGACAAGUACCUGGAGGAAGAGGAGUACGCGUACGCGAGGGCCAAGGCCAUAUUCGAAGCGGCAAAGGAUAGCGCCUCCGAGUUGUCGUCGUCGUCGUCUUCUCAUGGUAGCAGCAGCAGUUUCUGGCUGGACGCGCGCGAGUUUGAGGAUCUGCGCAACGAGCCGUUCAUGUCGAUGGACGAGUUCUCACGGUACCGCGAGCGCACCGAGCCGAAGCUCGCCGAUGCGUACCGGAAGCUGAUGAUGACGCCCGACGCGACCUGCGUGGUCUCGAGCGGCAACGUCCGGGCGGCGCUGCCGGACGGCAAGUCGUGGAGCGAGCUGAGCGACUACGAGAAGUGGGUGGUGCAGCUGUACCACAAGGACAUGAUUGCUCGGUUCGACGGGGUGGAUGUCGUCGAUCAGGGGCUGUUGCCGAUGGGGUUGAUUACGAUGCUGAGGGAGAGCCGGUUCCGGUGGCAAGGGUAG